AUGGAGCUCCAAACAGUCACCGGACAAAAUAUCGAAAAGUGCAAGAAGUUCGCUACUCAUUUGUGCUCAAUCCGUACCGAAAUAAUCGAGCUUCUUACCGUCUACCAAAGUCAUACAACCACAGAAUAUGAGAUUGAUCGUAGCAUCGAGUGUUUAAAUAACACCAACGAAGUCCAUCUCACUCAACGAACCCAGAUAGUGGCAAUUUUCUUCCCACUAAACAUGCCCAUAUACUCUUUGGUCCUAUAUGCCACCAUCCCCUCAUUAUUGGCAGAUCAGGUCUUCCUCCGCACCCCAGUCAUCAUGGAAUCUGUUCUCCCAAAUUUGGCAGACCUGCUGAAACUCAAAGAUCUCUUCCCAAACAUUGGGAUACUCAAAGAUACUCGUGAAAACUUCGUGCAAAAGUAUGCUGCAAAUGCAGAUGUAACGAUAUUCACAGGCAAGGAAACUGAAGCCCGAGAAACUCUGAAAAAGACCAAGAAUGACAAUAUGUUCCUGUUUAUUGGAUGUGGUUGCAAUCCUAUCGUUGUUGCACGCAGUGCUGAGCCCCGCUACGCUGCUAACAAGAUUGUCAAGGCCAAGACAUUCAACAGUGGUCAGAAUUGUGCUGGGCCGGAUAAUAUCCUUGUUCACAAGGAUGUUAAGGAUAAAUUUCUUUAUCAUCUUGAACUGGAAAUUAAGGGGGUCAAGGUUGGUUCUUAUACUGAUCCUGAGGUCACGGUUGGAAAAAUUGCAGUUGCAGACGGACUUAGGGAUUUCGCUUCCUUACUACCAAAAGAUCAAGACAACAUUGAGAAAGGUGGAGUUAUCGACUGUGCCAAUACUACCGUCAACCCUACAAUCAUCGUAAGUCCUUUAUCUAAGACUACUACAAAUUUCCAAGUAAUUUAUUCUCCCAUCUUCUUUAUCAAUAUUUAUGAUGAGGAUGAAGAACUAGCUCACUACUUCAGUGAUUCACGAUAUACUGCCAACAAGAUGUAUAUCUUUCUCUUUGGCUCGAGUCCAUAUUUCAACUCCCUUUGACUUUCAGGCUCAAUCGUGCAUUACGAUGAAACAAUUUUAGACAUUGUGUCUGGUAAUAGUGAAUUUGGAGGCAGAAGCCCUGGUUCUUCUUUUGUGGAAAUAAGGCAUAAGAUUGAAGCGAGAUCAAUUCUUGUUCCCCAGGAGAUUACCGAAUUUCUCCGAAGACCAGACAACGGCAAGGAAUUGGGUAGACACACCUGCAAGACAAUUUACAAAAGAGUUGGUUCUCUGAUGAAGAAUGUCUUUGGACUGGAUCUAGUUCUUGGUUUUGUCUCUGGAAGCGUUGCAAAAGCCACGGCCAAACAGAAAAGGGAUAUCAACACUAUGGUCAUGUUGACGAGUAGACGCGAUGAGACCAAAAUUGAACGAUAUAGACGCGCACUGGGAGAUCUCAGUCAAGAAAUGGGCAUGUCCUUCAAUGAAAAACGACCAGCCGAAAUCGUCACUCUGGAUCAAAUCGACCACACCUUCCACAACGUCGAUGGAUUCAACUAUGAUGUCAAAGGUACUUACAUCAACCAAGAAGCCUUUAAUGCUGGCAUCUGGAUGAAUUUUCUCGCAGAAAAGAAAGCUGGUAUUCAGUAUAGUGGUUUUUGUGACAAGCAACGCCUUUUGAAAUUUAAAAUUGAUGCUGGGAAGAUUGUAAAGACUUGGAAAACGGCGCUUGUUAAAGAGUUAGAAUCAAUGGCAGAGAAGAAUAAGUAUCCUUCGGAAAUAGGAUUUGAGCUAGAAACUGUUCGCAAAAUGGACUCUGGCGAGCUUAUGAAGACGCUGCAGCAAAGGUGUUGGAAGCUUGAUAUGUAGUCUUAUUCCAACCCGUCAAUAGACCGUAUCUAGUAUGAAAUGAAUGUGGCUUAAGAAGUGAUUGUAUGGGGUAGGUGCUAGCUAGGAGCUCAGGUCUCUCAAAUAGUCCCCAAUUAAACUAGUGCAUAUUAGGUGCCUAGUAUCAUUCACUCCUUCUGGCUAGCGAUUCAAUGUCCGCACGAGACGUAGAAAUCUAUUGUCGUAUCCCACAGCUAAUUGAUCUUUUUUAUAUCCAUAGAAUUUUAUACGUUUCAAGUAAUACUUAUGUCAUUUUAAAAGUCGCGAUGUUUUACAAGUGUAAUCAAAAGUUAUACCUCCUUCCGGGUCCUUGUCCCACGAGAAAUGUACUUGGCCUUUUCAGGGGCGUGUAAAGUGGUUUCUAGCAAAUCCCCUUAAAACUCCUAGAUUAGUUAAGUAAAACUUAUAUAAACUUAGCAAUCCCUUAUUUGUAGACGAUAACACGUUUGGUCUCAAACUCUUACCGUGAAUUAUUCCCAUAUCUCUAUAUAAAAAGAGAUGCAUUUAAAUCAGGGGUUCGCUAAACACGAAAACCUAGCUUAGUGGGACAAGGAGCCGGGAGGAGACAGGCAGAUAGUAUAGAAAUCUAGUCUAUUUUAUCGGCGAGAGAUUGUUUAGUUAAGACAACCGCCGCACUUCUUAAUCCAUUAAACUUUCUUUGUACUUGUUAAAUAAUAAAUUGUGUCGGAGAUUAUGCUAGUUAUGUUGGGGAAAAUACUCUGUCGCUCUUUACCGAAUAUUAGGAACAUUACUUCAGUACCUAUAUUUAUCCUAGGCAAUUAAAAAGUGUGCCUCGCUAAUUACCCUACUCCGAAGGGCAAGUCCCACUCCCUUGCUUUUGCAUUUUGUUACACAGCACUACCCUCUGCAUCUACCCCGCCCUCGAUAAACCACCAGCUUCAACCCCUUUAUAUCCUGUCUCUUCUAUAUUUCCAAAAUCUGACUUGUGUAUUGUGCGCCGAACAUAUCUUUUGGGUGGUCUGCCAGGGAUAUUGCACAGACCAUCGCUCUCGUGGUCAAAGUCGUGCGAGCUCUAGAUAGGGUGGAUGGAGCGGGCGCCAGUUGUUGCGAGGCCGUUGCCUUUUUGACGAGAUUGAGACGCACGUUGGAGCCUUUGCAGACUGUUUCUGCUCUUCAAUUGCUACCAAAUUAUGUCGACAACAUCCGCGAACUCGUCGACGAGAUACAAGACCCUAUUAGCCAUUUUCUGGUACUGACCGCAGAGUUUGAGCAGCUUGGUUCACAUUCAAAACACCAUCAGUACAUUAUGAAGAAGUUACAGUGGAGAUUCAAGACAUCUAAGAAGGUGGACGAGCUGAGAAGGGGUAUAGAGAGUCGACUUGGUAUCUUGGAUAGUUUCUUGCAAAGAGUUACCUUGUACGUCCCCUCCUUGGAUUACCGGAUGAUUUCCGAGCUGACGAAGUAAUUAUAGAGAAACUGUGGUAUCUAUGGAGGCAAAGCUUGGUGAACAGCUUCGACGGACUUUUCAAGAAGUCGUCGAUCCUAGACUUGUAUCGAUUCUUCAGCAACAAUCACAACCCGUUACAGAGAGAUUAGUGGAAACUCAAAUGUUGUCACAACAGCCCCAAGAAGAGAUACUUUCAAAGUUGGAUUGUCAUGCAUCCACUUUUAGUAAUCGAACAAUGCGAAAUAGUGCUCCGCCAUUUCAUUCGGCGUCUCAAUCAGAAUAUGACGCUAUGCUCUCAAACUUCGAGAGAAUCGACAUCUCCCAGGAUGUCGCAGUUAACACUAUUAAGCAGCACACCAAUAGCGCUAUAAACGAUUUGAAAAGUGACUGCAACCACGAAAUAGGAGGUAAACUUUUAUCCAGAAGGAAUCAAAUAGCCAUGAGAAGGAGAGGAGCUGAAUUGGAUCAACCACCCAAAGCCCUAGAGACAUCCCACCACGAGAUAAGAACAUGCGGCUCUUUGGAAGACUUGUCAGUGUUCCUAUCUUCUCAAUUGAAUUGCAAGCUUGUGACUUAUUUUAUUGAGUAUAUAUUAUCUUGUUCUUAUAUAUCUUGGGUAUUUCCUACAUGAUCUUUUGUAGGCGCCUUCAUCUAUUUUUCCAACCAUUUUCCCCAGACACUAUUCUUGAAUAUGCUAACUCUCUUCCAGUAUGACCCUUGCCCAAAGACUUAAACCUAUGCCAGUAUUUACACCAACUCUUCUUGCAAAAUACCACAUAUCCUUUUAUAACGCUCUCGGUAGUCCCCCGCGUAUUCUUGAUAUCAAUUGUUUUGCCCGUUACAAGGUCGGUCAUGCUCGUCACAAUAUCAACACAAAGUUUUUCUGA